GAAAUUUUAGCCGAAAGGCUACAUACAGACAGUCCGCGAUCUGGGCGCGUUCACUCCCCAGUAGCAUUUCUCGUCCCAAAGGGGGAUGAUGGUUUUUUAAACUUAAACAAAAUUUUUAUCUAUAUACAGUGAAUACAUUUUUUUUUCUACUUCCUGUGGAGUUUGAAAUAAAGUGCGCGAUAAAUAAUAAUUUAAUCUUUUCCGAUUAAUUUUUAAAAACUUUUUAAAAGAAGAGCAACUGGUCUUUGUUUUUCACAUUUACAUUUCAGUGUUAUGUAUAUACUAUGAAACCCUUUUUUGAUAUAUACGUUAUAUAUAUAAAGGAAAUCAACCACCUGUGAACUUUUCUCAUCUGUUCCGUUUAGAAGAUAGAAUAUAUAUAUAUAUAUAUAUAUAUAAUCAAUUACCUGUCAUUCGAAGUAUGAAUAAGUUUCCAGUUUAUAGUGAGAAUGUUAUUGAAAUCUCAUCUCAUUUUUCAGUCACAGAUAAGUUUAAUGACAAAUGAAAAGUUAAAAAAUACUUGUUGGAAUGAAGUACCUGAAAGUGACACUUUUUGUAUUCAACCUUCUAAUAUGGUUGGCUGGGUGCUCAUUAAUGUUUCUGGGCACCUGGCUACUAAUGGAGCCAAGCAAAGGACACCUUUUAAACCUCUUUCUCCCCAAUUUAACUCCCCAUGAGACUAUUCACUUAAUUGCGUACAGUUUACUCGGGCUUGGAUUGACAGUACUCACAGUUGGCUUUUUUGGAUGUCGAGCAGCACUCCAUGAAAAUCAAUGUAUUUUAGCAGUUUAUAUGAGUAUGCAGAUCGCUUUAAUUAUCACUGAACUGAUAACAGCGGCGAUUAUGGGAUUAAUGACAUUUAGAAUUCUCUCUGGAUUAGAAGAAAGACUUGCAAGUCGAUUGGCUGAUCAUUAUGGUCAUGAUCCAACGAGUGAUAUUCCCUUUAGUCACAGUCUUGAUUUUGCACAGUAUAAGUUUAAUUGUUGUGGUAUUCACGGUGACAAUGAUUACAAUGGCACUGCAUGGUGGAGAGAUGGUCAAAUUUCAGGAUCAAAGCGACAAGUUCCACUUACGUGUUGUGUUUUGAAAGAUGAUGAGGUGAAAAACACAGGAAGUCCAAUGAGUGUAAUAUCGAGAGUGUUCUAUCAAAAUAGUGAAACACCAUGGCUUCAUCCUCAACCAAAGGACAUGGCUGCUUGUCAAGUGGAAGAUGAAGAGGGUCACGAUGGUUACAGACACAAACAAGGUUGUUUGGACAAAGUGAGCAAUUGGCUGGAGUUUGAAAGUUUUACACUCGUUUUUUUGGGGAUGUCCAUGGCGGGAAUUCAAACAUUUGGAAUAAUUACGUCAGCUUUCUUGUGUCGAACAAUUAGAGACAUGCGCACGGAAUGAAGAGGAUUAUGUGUAGAAAAUUAUUAUUAUUAUAAAAAAAAGGAAUAAAUGUCUAAAAACGUUGGUAUAUUUAAAUAAAGCAACGUUUUAUGAUAAUCAGUUAGGUUUUCAAUGUAUACUAAUUUUUGUGAAUAGAAUUUUGCAUUCGUACGCGUGUUUUAUGUACAUUUUUUUUUUAUUUUAAUUAGAUAUACAUAUACAUUCUUUUUUAAUUUCCUUAAAUAAGUAUACAAUAUUUCUUUUUUAAAAAGACGCUCACUAUACACAAGUUUUUUCAUAAAAUAAAAGCGCAUUUGAAUCGAAUUCUACUGCUCAAAGGCUCAAACGAUUUUUAAAGAAAUUACGGAAAGACCAAGGAUAUUUAUAAAAAGAACUUUUUAUAAAUGAAAGCUAUAAACUGCCGCUUUUUAUUAUGGCUAAUCUCGAAAUAAGACACUUUAUUCUAAAUAUGAAUAAGUAAAAAAGUCUUUAGAAUCUUUUAAUAUAUAAAUAAAAAAAAAUUAAAUUCACUUUACAAAAUAAGAAAAUUUUACUUAUUCAGAUUUAGGGAUGAAAUUUUUUUAUAUAAUUUCAUAAAAAGCAAUGAAAUCUGUUUAUAAAAUUAUAAAAUCUGGAAAUUUUUACCGAGUUUUUAAUUCAUUGAAAAAUAUACCUAUUAGGAAAAUUGAUAAAGAAUUUAUAAAAAAAAAAGAAUUUUGCGUGCGAAUGCAUAAUUGUAAAUAUACAGAUUUUUCGAUAUAAUCAACGAAAAGUCGAAUUAGCUAUGUAUAUGGAAAAAAGUAUAUUUACACAAAUGCGAGAUUUAAUCGAAAAAUUUAUUAAUCGCAAAGCGAAGUUAUUUUUAAUACAAAAAAAAACACCAGACAUCAUCUCAUAUACAUUCGGCUCAUAUAUUUUGUAUGUGCUUUCACUGGUUAACGCUGGUGAACGAUUGUUGUUGUAAAUGUUAUACAGUAUUUGCCAUUGAUGUAUAAUUGUCGUUAUACGCGUACAAAAAAAAAGUCAAAUGUGUAGCACUGGAAUAA